UGGAAAACAAACUUAAAUCAAAAUGUCGGUAGUUCAUUUAUUUAUUGUCCUUCCGUUUAGAGUGUUCACGUCUAUCAUAAGAGCAUUGUAAGUACACACUUGUUAGCAUCUUAAUCUUAGAUAUAUAUUUUUAAAAGCCCAUAUAGUUUGUAAUAAUUUGUUUACAAUCGCGGUGAACAAUGUCUGUAAGUUAGUGUAAGUGGCCUUAGCCUUACUUAGGUACCAAAAUAUUAUUGUCCACAGUUGCUUUGAAAAAAAAUACUGCUGAAUCAUAAGACAUGAAAUUUUAAUAGUUUAAAAUAGCAGAAAUCGCGAGCAUGAGUUCCCUUUUUUAAAAAAAAUACUUUGAUCUAAUUUUGCAACUUAUUGAUACGUUUUUAAUUUGUAUUUUAAUUAAAUAGUACUAUAUUAUAUUUGAAGAUUAAAAAUUAAAUAUGUCUCUUGUCAAGUCUCUUGUGCAAAUGCAGGAUUUGGCUCUUUUGAUGUCAGUUUUCUUGACUAAUUUAAUCAAUAUUAUUAUUAUUACUAGUAGCCUAAAUUUGUUAAGUUAAUUAUUUUGAAUUUUGACGGCCUUAAGAUUAAAAGACUUAUUAUUAAUAUUAAUUCAGUGUGCUUUUCUAGGCCACUAAAUAUGCCCUGUUACUAUUAGUAUUAGUAUUAGUAGUAGUAGAAGUAUUUAGCCUAAUUCUAAUACUAAUAUUAAUUACUAUUAAUAAUAUUGGACAAUUUUGAUUUAUUUAUUUUAUUUUGUUGGUCAAGUUUAUUAUUUUAGGUUAGACCAGGGGGUCUAUCCUGCGGACUAAAAAGGUUGGACACCCCUAGGCUAGAAAGUAUUAAAUUAGGACUAGGCUAAUACGGUAUUUAAAAAAAUAAUAGUAGUCUAAAUUAUUACAUAAUAAAUUAUAUUGAAGCCUAAAAAAAUAUAUAAAUAUUAAGUUAAUAAAGGAAUACAUUAUAAUAUGAAAAGCACAUGUAAAAUUUCAUUAUUAUUAAGUAUUUAUUAUAAUUUAUUUGACUUUUAUACUAUGUCUGGACUGUAGACAUAGUAGGGAUAGAGGCCAUCAAUAAAUUAUGUCUUCUGGACUGUAGACAUAGUAGGGAUAGAGGCCAUCAAUAAAUUAUGUCUCCUGGACUGUAGACAUAAUAGGGCUAGGGCCAGGGGCCAUAAAUAAAUUCUGUCUUGUAUCUCUAGGGCUAGGGGGUUCCCCGGCCCCAACUAUUUAUACAUUUGUGGACACCCCACAAUCCCCAGUAGGUGAGUGGCGAUAUAGUAUUAUCUUAAUUUAAUUGUAACUAUCAAGUGCACCAAAUGACUUAUAAUUUCACCAUAUGCAGAUUUCACUCUUGGUUAAAGCUUCGAUGGACCCCAUCCUCUAAAAGUUGGCUAAUGCGCCUGGACAAAACAAUUCGUUCAAGUGAGUGUUAAGGCUCUUAAUCAGUGGUCACAUACACAUAUGAUAUCACAUAAGACAAGAGAUGGGAAUCAUACAUUAAUGAAUAUGUGAGAGGGGGUGAUAAAUAAGCCUUUAAGCGUAACAUCACAAAAUAAUUUUUAGUGACGAGCUCUAGCAGUAGAGCCUCUUUUUAAAACCACAAAGAUGUAGAUGAUUUAGUUUCAUUCACUCUCUUGUUUGUUUUAUGUAGAAUAAUGUCUCCAACUUUUAAGGCGCAUUGUAAAUGUCUGACAAUGGUGAAAUAAUAUUUGAUCAAUGUUUCAGGAAUAACUCACAAAAAUCAUGCUGAGUGGGUUCAAGUUGCCCUUGGUGACAAAAUUCAUGACAUUUGGACUGUUAAGGUGGAGGGUGAUAUACGAGACUCUAUACCCUUAGUUGUGAUACAUGGAAUGGGGGGCGGGGCGAAUAUGUUCCUAAACAACAUUGAUGAUUUGGCUGAACAGGUACUGUAUUUUAUUUUUUGGUGAUUUCACUUAUACUUAUAGUUUACAUGUGUACAUGCUCAGACAUCCUAAUGCAGCAGUGUGUUGCUUUCUCUGGUUACCAUGGUUUUUUUUGUUUGUGUAAAAGUACCAUAUUAAUGCUGUGUUUAUAAAUAUCUUUUUUUCUUCAUACUAUAUUUCAUAAUAUAUUUCAAUUACAUUUUAGCGAGAUGUGAUAUUGUUAGACCUACCUGGCUUUGGACUCAGCAGUCGACCAGAUCUGCGUGUCAAAUACGAAGAUGGCUGGUGGGUUGACACCACCGCUGACGACAUUGAAACCUUUUAUACUGAAAUUCUAGAGCUCUGGUUUCAGAAAGUGGCCCUGAAUGAAGUUAUUCUACUCGGUAUGUCUUGAGAUUUAAGAGUAUGUUUUAGAGAAUAAUAAUUUAUAAAUAAAUUUUACUGAUAUAAUUAAUGCUUUGAGAUUUCCUAUCAAAAAAAGAGGAAUAGUCAAUAAGAAAGCUCAAAGCAUUAAUCCCACAUUGCUACAGAAAAAUAACACUAAAUCCAUUCCACUAUUCCAGCGUUAUAAACCAAUUAUCUCCACUGAGUACCAAAAAAUACAAUAUUGUUAGCUAUACAAUAUUGUUGGCUUCAUCAACUUGUUCAGAUGUAAUUUGGCUUAAACCAUGUUAUAUACAUUUGUUUCAUUUUUUUUUCUCAAUUAAUAAUAAUAAUAAUUAGAGGUCUUAUAUAGUGCGGUACCCCAACCUAGGGCUUGGCUCACCGCGCUGUACAUAAAACUAUUAUCAAAAGAGACAUAAUCAUGACAUUAAAAUAAAAUACAUUUAUGAAAUAAAGAACAGCAUGUAACCAAAAAACAAAAACAAAUGUACAUUCACCCACCCACCCCAGAACUUUUACAAGGCAAACCAUGGAGGGCGGCCAGCAGGAUCAUUUAUCAGUCAGGGUAGUAUAGUUUAAAGAGAUGUGUUUUGAGAGCAGUUUUCAGGGCCUGGGUGGUUGGUAUAUUGCGGAUGUGUAGUGGCAAAGUAUUCCAUUGUUUGGGGGCGCAGAAAGAGAAAGUGUGUGUCUUGGGAAUAGACAGAAUACACGUGUCUGCGGAGGAGCGAAGCUGUCAAAGGGAUGAAUAGACAGAAAGAAGUUCGGUUAGAUAGGAAGGGCAGGAAUCCGAGAAAAACUUGUGACAGAGAACAGACAACUUGUAGUCAAUGCGUGCCUGUAUAGGGAGCCAAUGAAGGGAGUGGAGUGACGUGAUCACGUUUUUUUUUUGCCUUUAGAACUAGCCUAGCAGCUGAGUUUUGAACUUUCUGCAGUUUUUCUUCUAUGCAGUAUUUUGGUGAACCUGACAGAAGAGAGUUGCUAUAGUGAAGACGAGAGAGAACAAGAACACAGACUAGAGUUUUUGUAGCGCUAACUGUGAGGUAGUGGCGGAUGGAGCUGAUCUGACGGAUAGUGGUUGCUUUGUUAUCAAGAUUUUCUUUAUUUAAAAUGAUGCUUACAUAUUUUAAAAAAAUAUAAAUAAUGUCUUGGAUUCGUUAAUAAUAAAUUCUUUCUUAACAUUAUGUCAGGUCACAGUUAUGGUGGCUAUCUCUCAGCUGUUUACUGCAUGAAGUAUCCUCAACGCAUAAAGCACUUGAUCCUUGCUGACCCCUGGGGUUUUCCACAACGACCACCAGCUGCUGACAUGCGACCUUUUAUGAGGAAUAAAAGUCUGCUGCUGUUGUCCAAGCUCUAUGGCAAAAUGAACAUAUUCACCCCACUACGUAUUCUUGGGCCAUUAGGUAUUAGAUAUUAUAUAUGAUCUCAUAAAACUUUUUAUUGAUUUUUGUCAAAUUACAACAACCAUUAUCCUCGUCAUGUUCCCUUGGGCUCUGGAAUUGCAUUGCAACAUGGAACUUUAUGAGUAACUUCCCCUUCUUUGUAUUGUAUAAUAACUUCCUUCACAAAAAUUCCAAAAAAAUUACAAAAUGAAAGUAGUUGUUAUGUAGUCAUUUUUUUUACUGCUUUUUUUGGGGGACACUAAAUCAGGGCAAUUUAGCCAUGCAUAUCACCACAAAUUUGGCAUUUAAAAUAUAUAGUACAUCAUGACAAAUGAAACAAAACAGAACAAAUGCAAGUUGUUUUGAUUUAAGUCUUAACUUGAAAGAUAAACAGAUGACUCAUUGGAACGUUGUUGUCUUAAGUGUCUUUUUAUCUAUGGGCUGGGUAAGUAUGAACUUUUAAAGUUGGUGGUCCACAUUUGAUAGCUGCCCUUGUUACAGUGUAGGUUAAAUAACUGCUAUUUUUAAAUCUUUAGAGUUACAUUCCCUCAUUCAUUCAUUACUGAUCUACGCAUUAUUAGUAAUUAAAUCAAAGGAUUUUGAUUAAUUUUCAUUAAAAAAAUAUUUUAAAAUAAAUUUUUAGACACUGUGUACUUUAAAUUUCUUUCUGUACUACAUAAUGUCCAAUUAUAAAAAGUGUUGGACUGCAAUAAAGCUUUAAAAUAGAUUAAUAAGACACAAACAAAUUGUGUCAAUAUAACAAUAUAAUGAAGCUUUAAUAAUAAUUAUACAUUAUACAUAAGUAAACGUUUCGGCACAUGCCUUCAUCAGUACAAACAAACAAAACACAUUGAAAUAAGUAUAAAUUAAAUUUACAUAAUUUUACUAUACAUAUCCUACCUAAAACAGAAAAAUAGGAGAGGGCGCUAAAACCAGACAAAAACAAAAUAAAGAGGAGUAGAAAGGAAGUGAUUUUAACAUAAUUGUAAAAAGCAAACAGGAAAAAGACAUGACAGUUAGGUAAAAUUGUGGAUUUGGUUCAUUCCAUAUGGAGACAACCUACCAAAUCUAGUUAUUAAUUUGUUCUCCAUAUAGAUUCUAUCUGUAGUGUUACUAGUAUAGAGUAUACCAGUAACUGUGAUGUCUGAGAUACCAUCAUAGUUAGGGCUAUUGAAAUGUUUGGAGACCGGGCAGAGAGCGUGUUUAUUUAUGUUAAAGAGGUGCUCUCCUAUGAAUAAUUUACCACACUUUUUGCAAAUAAUGGUGUAAAUCAUGUUGCGACUUGUGCAGGUAAAGCCAACUUUUAUUCUAAAUACUUCCAGAGGGAAAGUGAUCUUAUCAGUUUCGAUCACGUAGGGACAUGAGUUACAAUGGCUACGGUUGCAAUUCUUUGUGCCUUUAUGUGCUUUAAUAGCAGGGAGGGGGCUUCUAACUAGCAUGUCCCUAAGGCUCUUGUCCCUCCAGAAAGCGAAAAGAGGAGGUUUUCUGAAAAUCUCAUUUGUGACAUGGUCUGCCAUCAGAAUUAAGCGGUUUUUCAGAACAUAAUGUCCACCAAGACGGCUCACACUAGAAAACUAUGAAUUUAAAUUUAGCUGCCCAUCAAUUUAAUAACAAAGUUUUUGUACUGAUAGUUCGUCUCCUCAAAGGAUAAUAAUUCUGAAUUUGGUCAUGGUCUUCCUUUGCACUGCAUCACAUUUUAUGAUGCAAUACUGAGUCAUUGAACUUAAGCAUGAGACCAAUACCUUUGUAAGAAAAUGUUUGAGUGGGUUUUGGUGGCCAAAGUAGACUAUGAAAUAAAUGAACAAAUUGUGAGAGCGAGUGAUUUUAUCACUAAGGGAAGUUAGAGAAAACAUGGAAGGCCUAUAAAUUUCAUUCUUACAAAGCUAUUUAUAAAGCAUGUCAUACCUUAAAUUAUGUUAUAAAAAAUAUAUUUAAAACAAAAAAGUUCAUACCUUGUCAGAAAACAAUUUGUUUGUUUCAGUCAUUUUACCAGUCACAUUCUUUAUAUUUAAAUCUGAAUUUUUAUACACAGAAAAGCUAAGACAUUGCUGCAUUAAUUAACUGUAUAACAAGUGUGAUCCUGAUCUCCCACAGCCUUGACACUGUUUCGAAUAUUUAAGCUAGGCAUUAAAGCCACCUUCAUUGUAAAAAUGAGCGGUAGCACAGAGGACACAGCCGAUCUGCUAGAGCGGCAGAAAUUACUGCGCCAGGACGCAUUUCGCUUUUACCCAGAAACAACAAUGCAGGACUACUGUUACAUGUGGAUGAUGCAUAGCAUGAGGUAGUAACACAUUCAGCUUUCAAUAAAACUCUCCCCCACCCCCCCCCCCCGGCCCUCCCACAUCCCCCAUGUGCUUUGUAUUGUUUUAACUCGAAGCUUUCAGUUUUCAGCUCUGGGAUUCUCACACUCGGUUUGAUGACCUGCAUGAUGACCCACCAAUAAUUAAAAGUUUACUGAUUAUCUUUCAGAAAGCUCAAACAACACCUUUCCAGAGGAACAUCUUCAGGAAAUUUUACUAGACUAAUUGACAAUGACCUGACCUUGUUUUCUAUAAUUAAUCUGAUCUUGCAUGACCGUUACAUCUCCAGGUCCUCUUGUUUUCCGAUCACUUAGAUCUGAUUUGGGUAGGAAGUUUGAGCGUUACUUCUUAGACUACACAGUUUCUGAUUACCUGUACACCUGUAACACCUGUGGUGCUCCAAGGUACAGUUAUAUGUCACACCUGGUCGCAGUGUUCCGAAUUUGGGGCAUCAUAUAAUUUAUUAUUUUUGUGCAUACUUUUUUUUUUUAGUAUUGACCUCUAACCUCUGAAGAAAUUGCUUUUCCAUCCUACUAAUAAGCUGUUACACUGUGUUAGGUAGUGCCUGCUUGUAAUCAGAAGUACCGGUAUCUUACUCACCUCAGUGAACUCAAGUUGUCUUAUAAAAUGGUAUUUAAAAUGAAAGAACAAAUUUGGAUGUUUGAAAACUGCCCUUGUUACACUGUAAGUAAAUUAUUCGAUAUAUGGCCCAAAGUAGUGCAUGACUUUGACUUUAAAUUAUGCAUGAUCUGAAUUUAAAUAAUGCAUGACCUCAAGUUCUUGCUUUUGUAAAAUUUUUUUUUUUUAAUCUUUCUAAAUGCUUGUUUUGUGUUCGUUUCUUUUUUUUUUAGUGUUGCUUUUUUAAAAAAUCUAAUAGCAUUUUGUUCAUGUCAUGCCUUCAUUGUAACCCAUUCCAGUACAAAAAAAAUAACUGUCAUGAACUUAAUUUUCUAACGUUUUAAUUUUCAAUGUUUCAGUUGUAUUUAUGGAUCAGAAAUGUUAUCACUAAUGCACUGCUAACAGUUUUUAAAGCCUAUUUAUUUUUUACCUGGACGUGAAGGCCAAAUAUAACAAGGAAAUAUAUUUUUAAAAUCUAAUUGAUUUGGGGAACAACCUUUUAUUAAAGCAUUGGCAAGGGCAUAACUUAACAAACGCAAAGUUUCUUGCCUCUUAUGUUUUAUUUAUGCAAAAUUCCUUCCCUCAAAUCCCCUUUGCUUACAUUUGAUUUUUUUUUUUUAAAGGGUGUUUUGAAUUUUUAUUUUAAAAAUGUAUUGCAGGAGUAAGCUUUUUGCUAAAUUUUAGCUCUCCAAGUUGGUUAAAAAUUUCUGUACCGAAGUUAAAUCCAAUAAACUCGCAUCCUUCAUGUCAAGGUGUUAGAAAUAAGGUUUUAAUAAUACAUUCCUAUUUCUCAAAAAUGAAAAAAAAACAAAGUUAAAUUAAUAAAAAAGAACAGUUUAUCAUUGUUGAGUACUAUUUUAAGCAGGCCUGCACAACAUACAGCUUUCCAGCACCCACUUUGUGACCUGCGAAGUAACGAAAUAUUCAUUUUUAUUAUUAUUUUCUUAAUAGCUUCCCCCUGUCCUAUUAACAGCCCACCUUACAUUUUGAGUUGUGCAGGCCUGAAUAAAGUAAUAUUCUAAAAAUUUAAUUCUUAUUGUUAAUGUUCUUACAAUUUAAUUAUUAUUAGUAAUGUUCUAUCAAUUUCAUCCAUGUUGGUAAUAUUGUGUCCCAAUGAAAGAUUAAAUUUUUUUAUAUUCUGGCAUAAAAAGGGAACUAAUAGAAUUACUUCCCCUGCCUCAGCAAUGGAUGAAUGAAUCCAUGGUGUUUCCUAGUGGUAAAUAAUUGGCACAUCUCUUUUUAAUUUGAACUACUUAACUAUCUGGCCUAUUGUGUCUGCCUGACUUAUGCUUACUACAUGUAUGGUCACUCUGUUCCAUAGGCAUAUUAUGAAUAGUGCCAGGAUCCACAAGGGUUUAACGAUUCAAUAGCAGACUAUACACAAUGCCUAAAAACCUUUUACUUUUAAGCCAUCAAAUUAUAAAUUAAAAUAUGUUUUUAAAAAAAUCUUACUUUUGGAUUGAGGCCUGUAGAAAUAAAAUUGCCAAAACCCUUGAACAUGAUUAUACUUGAUUGAUUGGUUUGAUACAUUAAUAUAGCGUUGACUAUUUUCAUGUCUAAUUUAUGUCAGUAAAUAUGGGAUAGAUUUAUUUAUAUUUGGCUUUGAAAUGUUAACAUCAAUGUUGCCUUCUCUUGAUUUCAUGUUUGAAAUUGGUCAAUUCUUAUUUAAAUUUCAAGGGCACAUCAUUAAAAGUAAUAUAUAUUCAAAAUCUUUCUAAAAACAUUGAAAUAUUUAUUAUAGAAUCUUGAAGAACUGUAUAACUAAAUCUAUUUCAAAAAGUUAUUUCUCAUUUGAUAGUAAAAUAUACCAUCAUAAUGUGAAUAAGUGCUUUUUAAUAACUAAACCAUGGUAUCUUAACUGUGCAUCUUGUUUAGUCACUAACACUGUAUUAUUUUAUAUUAAAAUUUUCAAUCAUGGCAUUUUGCAUUUAUUGGAGAAAAAAAAACAUAAUGCAAUAGUAGCACUCUGAACUAAUUGCUAAAAUUAAGGUUUCCCUGUCUGUUUUAUUUAACACACUCAUCAUUGUCAAAUACUGAACCCACAAAAAUUGGUGAGUUGUCUUAUCUUUGAAUGCUUGUUUCCUAUUCUCUUAGUGGAGAAGUUGGCUUCAGUCGUGUGUCCAUCCCCUUUGGUUGGGCCAAGAAGCCACUGAUAGAGAGAGUAACCACCUGGGAUCCCAAGCUUGAUGUUACGUUCAUAUACGGAGCUCGCUCUUGGGUCGACUCGCAGCCUGGAUAUUCAACAAAGUAUCAACGCCAUGACAACUACGUGGAUGUUCAGGUGUGUUUUUAGAUUUGCAUGUGGGGAUGUGGAUUUCAAGGUAUGGAUGUGGGUUUCCAGGUGUGGAGGUCCAGGUGUUAUGUGACUGUAGCUAGUAGCCACUUUGACAUUAAGUAAAAUAUAUCUUUCCCCACAGGUUAUAAGUGGUGCUGGCCAUCACGUGUACGCAGACCGCCCUAAGGCAUUCAAUCAUAUUGUGUGCAUGAUUGGUGAGGCAGUAGAUACUGGUCGAAAGCCUAACAUCAGCCAUGAGACUGAACAGCGCCAUCUGGCCAUGUCCAGCCUGCGCCGUCGAUCCUCGUGUGCAUCACAGGCCGAAUUUUUUAAUGACGAGGCCGGUAUCCGACAGCCUCGGUCACUUAGUGCACAUGAACUAGCCGAAAGGUCUGAAGUGAACUCUGCUAACAACAGCGGAGAUGAGGAAGAGGAACUUGAGUCAACGGGAGGUGUCAAAUUUAGUCUACACUCUGUACGGGGAGAGGACGACCAACCAAGUGAAAGGGGAUCUGUUCUCAGGUCUUCUCAGCCGGCUGCCAUGAAAAACAUCAAGUUCACUGAGACGGAUACCUCGUCAGUAUCCUCAACAAAAACUGACUGAUGUUAUUCUUCCUAGCCAACUAGGGGCUUAUGUUUUGUUCUACAAAAUGAACAAAAGUUAUGUCUAUUUUAUAAGUGAGCCAUUUUGAAAAGAAUAAAUAUUUUACUGUAAUUUAUUCUAGAUGCUACAAUUUAUUCAUG